AUGUGAGAUUUUUGGGGAACAGCAAGAACAAGAUGGCUGGCCCGGGACAAGGAAAGUGUUUGGCUUCUUUUCCAUAAACGAGGCAUUUCGUUGAUAGUUUUCAGUUUCAUUAGUAAAUGUUUAGUCUACAAAUUAGUUUUGUAACUAUAUAUAUUUGUUGUUGUUGAUAUACCUACUUUUGCAAUAGUUUGAUCUAAAACUACGCAGACGCUCACUUUCUUGAAGACAAACUUUAGUUGUGUUAUUUUUCUUCCUUAGUAAGCCAUUUACGUUUAUUUGCUGUGAACAGGAACAUAUACAAAUAAUCAAAAUGAGUUCAUCUGUUUCCCGAAAUUGUUUUGCAGAGUUUGAACUUGGGCAACUUUCUUACAUAUUUUAAUGUGUGCGUAAACAUUUCCUUUCUGAUAUGCGCGUCAAGGGUGACAUAAACAUAGCACUUGUUAGUGGCUAGAGACAUAAUUGAUUUUAACGUUUUGUAAAUGUAGUUAGUCUGGCCUUUAAAAGCUUUUCAGUGAAUUGGACUAACAAUGAGCUCGACUCGGGUGAGAUCACAACAACCGCAGCAGAAUCAGGCUGGCAGGUCCGCCACGGGCGCAGCGGGUGCGUCCUUGCCGCACAGAUUGGACACAAGCGAGGGGAUUGAGAUGGAGAACAUACAGCACCAGGACUUGGGGCUCGGGGGCGCCAUAGGCACACCAUCACCCCCCUCAAGACAAGCCUGGAGUCGGGACAACCCGGGGUUCGAACCGGAGGAUGAGAUGAUGGGGGCCGAUUGGCCUCCGGCUAGCCCGGGGAGAAGAUCAGUGUCCACGGGCUCCAGCAGUAGCUGCAGCAGCGGGUUGGGAAGUUACACCGCUGGAGGGAGCAGCACCCGCAUCCACCGUGGAUUAUACCCGACGCCGACAGUGGAUGCCCUGCAGCAAGACAGGCAUGACAUCAAAAGCUGUGGGAAGAGGAUACUGGAGAAAAUAAGAAUUCUAUGGGGUACUCAGCUGAUGGAGGACAGUGACAGCAGCAGAGAGAGGUACCUGAGGAACGUCCUGAGAGAAAUGGUCACCUACGUCAUCUUCCUUAUCACACUGUGUAUCUUGACCUAUGGGAUGGUGGGCUCCAACAUGUACUACUACACCAAGGUGAUGUCCCAGCUCUUCCUGGAUACACCACUGUCCCCGGGGGAAACAGCCACAUUCAGAAGCCUCUCAACUAUGGGUGAAUUCUGGAAGUUCACAGAGGGUCCCUUCCUGAACGGGAUGUAUUGGGAAGUAUGGUACAACAACAAGAGUCUCCCUGAGAACCACAGUAUGAUCUACUAUGAGAACCUGCUACUGGGGGUGCCCCGCCUCCGCCAGGUCAAAGUUCGCAACGAAUCCUGCUCCGUGCACGAGGACCUUAGGGAUGAGGUGCAGGACUGCUACAACAUGUACACCCCGAGCAACGAGGACAGCGCCCCCUUUGGCCCCAUGAACGGAACUGCGUGGAUGUACACAGAGGAGAACAGCCUGAAUGGGAGUAGUUACUGGGGCCAGGUGGCUACCUACGGUGGAGGGGGUUACUACCAGGACCUGGCCCGUUCCAGAGAUGAGUCAGCUGGCUUGCUACGCUCCCUAAAACACCAGCUGUGGCUGGACAGAGGAACCAGAGCCGUCUUCCUGGACUUCUCCGUCUACAACGGCAACAUCAACCUCUUCUGUAUUGCCAGGUUGGUGGUGGAGUUCCCCGCUACAGGAGGCGUAGUCACUUCCUGGCAGUUUCAGACGGUGCGUCUGAUUCGCUACAUGUCCAGCUGGGACUACUUUGUCGGGGUGUGUGAGGUGGCCUUCUGCCUCUUCAUCCUGUACUACGUGGUGGAGGAGGCCCUGGAGAUACGCCUCCACCGCCUGCGCUACUUCAAGAGUGUGUGGAACUGCCUGGAUGUCCUCAUCGUUGUGUUGAGUGUUUCUCUGCCAUAAUCAUCAACAUCACCAGAACAUCAGUGGUG